UUCUCUCUUACUGAGACUCCUUCGCAGAGAGAGAGGAAAAGGAGGAAUUAAGUUCCCCUUCCCAUUUACUCCAUGAAAAUCUCCUUAUAAUCUCCCAAAGUUCAAGCAAGAGGUAAAGAAAAAUCGAACGGACAAUGUCCCACGCAAUUUUUCAAACAGCCCAAAUCAUGCCAAUCAAAACCAUUCCGUCCACCCAAACCUUAUCGUCCAAAAUUUCACUUUUACCUCCUUCCACUGUUCCUCUCUACCCACUCCCGUCGCAGGCCGCCGCUGUUAAACUUUGCAAGCCUCUUUUAAUUAAAGCCUCCUCCACCUCCUCCUCGUCGUCGUCUGGGUUGGUUGAUAGAGUUGGAGACACUGUUCCUCACCUGGAGCGGUGUUUUCAGGCUCUGCCGGCGGUGGAUUCCGCGGCUGCUUCGUUGUCGUCGUCUCCCGUUAUGAAGAAGGAUUACGGAGCUUUUGGUGCUGUUACGUUGGAAAAAUCGAAGCUUGACAUGACGCAGAAGCAAGCCAAGUCUAGUCCCGAGCUGGCAACUGGUGGAGGUGGUGGUGAUAUUGGAAAGAAAAUUAAUCAUGGUGGUGGUGAUGGGGGUGAUGAUGAUGGUGAUGACGAUUCCUACUUUGAUGACUUUGAUGAUGGUGAUGAGGGGGAUGAAGGUGGACUUUUUAGGCGAAGGAUUGUAUUCCAGGAGUUAUUUGACCGAAAAUUUGUUGAUGCGGUAUUGAGUGAGUGGCAGAGGACAAUGAUGGAUUUGCCAGCUGGAUUUCGGCAAGCUUAUGAAAUGGGUUUGGUGAGCUCUGCUCAAAUGGUGAAGUUUUUGGCUAUUAAUGCCAGGCCUACUACUACUAGGUUCAUUUCUCGUUCGCUUCCUCAAGGGCUGUCUAGGGCAUUUAUUGGCAGGAUGAUUGCAGAUCCAGCAUUUCUUUAUAAGCUGCUUCUGGAACAGGCAACUACAAUUGGUUGCUCUGUUUGGUGGGAGGUGAAAAAUCGCAAGGAGAGGAUAAAGAAAGAAUGGGAUCUUGCCCUCAUUAAUGUGCUCACAGUGACGGCUUGCAAUGCUAUUGUUGUUUGGUCGCUUGCUCCUUGUCGUUCAUAUGGGAAUACAUUUCGGUUUGAUUUGCAGAAUACAUUGCAAAAGCUUCCAAACAACAUUUUUGAAAUGAGUUAUCCUAUGAGAGAAUUUGAUUUGCAAAAGAGGGUUCAUUCUUUCUUCUACAAGGCUGCUGGAUUGUGUAUGGUUGGGUUAACUGCUGGAGCUGUGCAGGGAGCAGUUUCAAAUCUUGCUGCCAGCAAAAAGGAGGGAAGGUUAUCUGUAACUAUUCCCUCUGUAAGCACUAAUGCUCUUGGUUAUGGAGCCUUCCUUGGCUUAUAUGCGAACCUGCGCUAUCAGCUAUUGUGUGGAUUCGAUACAGCAGUAGUGAACUAUUUUGAUGUCAUUGGAGUGGGUCUGUUCUUUAGCACAGCCUUAAGGGUCUUGAAUGUUCAAUUAGGAGAGACAUCGAGGUUGGCUUGGCUUGGUGUGGAGGUGGAUCCCCUGGCCGAGUCAGAUCUCUUGAAAGCGUACAAUAGACCAUCAGAAAGUGUCAAUAGGACUUCCCCUUCAAAAUGGUUCAUAUCCAAGAAUGCAAUUGUUUCUGGACUUGGUCUUCUGGGCAUUAAACAGUUGGAGGGCAACUCUACAACUGAGGGUGAAGCACCUACUCCAAAGGUUCGAAGGAAGAGAGUUGUGCGGAAAAAGGUGGCGAGAAGUCAAGUAUAGUUUGGUAAUGCAAUAGCCAUCACUUCAAUUUUGCAGCCUGCUAUAUCAACGCUGAUAGUUUUGGUAAACAGGAGAGUGGAGACUGGCGAGGAUAUAUUUAAUCGCGACAACCAUUCUGGACGCGGAUCACGGGUCAGGCGGAGAGGAGAUUAAGUGGAGUGAGAUGUCGGGGAAUUUUUUUUUUCUGUUUUUUUCGUGAAACCUUGCUAAUUUUAGUCUCAUCACGAUUUCAAGGAUUAAUGGAUGGUGUAGAAUUCCAGUGUCAUAUUGAUUUGGUGUUAAAUGGCUGUGUUGGUUCAACCUCUCGAGGACAACUCAUAGUAGGUUGUGAAUAAAAUUUUCGUUGUGGACUGAAAAUGGGUUGAAAAUUCUUUUAUCAA